GGGCCUACCUGACCCAGAAGGGAGGACACGGACUGUCGGGCACCCCCGAGAGAGCCCAGGGCCUUCGGGGCCAAGAUGCCCCAUUCCCAGAAGCUGUGACUUAGUACCCCGCCUCUAAUUCAUUCUCCGGACUGUACUUUUAAAUUCUCGAGGAAUGGGCGGCGGCCUGGGGAUGGAUGGCAUGUCUCAUUCUAGGAGGGCUCAGCUACCAACGUAUUGCCUUCCCUUUUAUCUGGGGAAGAAAAAGUAAAGGCUUUCAGAGUGACCAAGGACUUCAAGCUAGACUGUAAAAUGUAGUGGAAACAAUUGAGGUCUAUUAGGAAAGAUGAAUGGAAGGACUGAUUUUGGGACAGAGCAGAAUGCAGAAGUCUCACCACCACUCCCUAACAUAGGAAUGGAUUACAUUCCAACAGAAGAGGAAAGGAGAGCCUUCAUUGAAUGUAAUCAAGAGAGCUUCUGGUACAGAUCUCUUCCUUUUUCUGCAACAAGUAUGUUGGUUACUCAGGGAUUAAUUGCUAAAGGAAUUCUUUCCAGCCAUCCCAAAUAUGGUUCUGUUCCUAAACUUGUAUUUGCUUGUGUAAUGGGAUACUUAGCUGGAAAAAUUUCUUACGUGAAAACUUGCCAAGAGAAGUUUAAACGGCUUGAAAAUUCUCCUCUUGGUGAAGCUCUGCGUCUGGGACAGGGAGCUCGAUUUGGAUCACCUGGAUAUCUUUCACAAAAGUCAGAAUUUGAGCCAGCACCUACAUCUAUUGGAGCAUCCCCCACAUCUGAAAAGAGUGAAAAAGAAAGUUCCUUUCCUCUUUAUGAACCAGUCCCCUUCAGUGCUUCCUUGAAUGAAUCAACUCCUACUGGUAUUACUGAUUAUAAUGCCCAAGGACCUGAUACAAGCAUAGAAGAAAAUCUUUCUAAGAAAAAAGUUGUUACAUAUGAAGAAUUAAGGAAUAAGAACAGAGAAACAUAUGAAGUUGCCUUGUCACAAAAAAGUGACACCCCACUUAAGCCUAUACAGGAAAGAACACCAAAAAAACAAGGGAAAGUAAACCAAUAUGGAGAUACUUGGGAUGAGUGAAAAAUUGUGUUGUCUACUGAAGAGAGUUUGUAUUGAAUCUACUGAAGAGAAUUUCAGCUAACCAGCAUCAUCUAGGUGGUCAUGAGCAUCUACAAGAAAGUGCAGAAGCAGUCUCCAUAAGCAUAUUUAAAAGAAGAAAUGUGGGUUUUAGUAGUGUGGCUUAACAGGAGGUUUAAUAUUAAUUAUGGAUUUUAAGGUUAAUAUUGUAUCAGUGUACACAGCUUGGGAAACUAGAUGAAUGAAGGCAUUGGAUUGUGAUUUUAUAGAGUUUAAAAAAUCCUCUACAAAAAUUGGUUAAACUACUCUCAAAGUAUCAUCAAAAGACUGAUGCACUGGAAUGGGCAUACACAGAUAAAGUACUAUAUGUGUGUUUGUGCACAUAUGGGCAAAGCAACCAAAAUGUUAAAUGUUAAAGUCCCAUGUGAAAAAUUUGCUUUCUUUUCCUAAAAGGAUUGCCAUGUCUUUGUGUAUAUCUUGUCAAUUAAAGUUGAAAGCAAUAUGCAA